ACACACACACACACGCACGCACACAGUUUUCACGUUCACUGACGCGGUGACUUGAAAGGCUCGCGGUUAGCUGAGAUUAGCUCGUCCUGAGGGGGCGCGCGCCUCGUUGAGUUUAAGAUGAGGAGAUGAGAGAAGCUGCGGUUCAUUCACUGUCAGGUCCUUUCCACGCCGCGAGACCUGCAUAGGUUCGAACCAAGCCACUUUUUAUGCGAAGACAGAUCGGACGGUGCAUAUAAAAACGGACUAUUUCGGAUGAACGUGGACUCUUUGCCCCACGACUUUGAGCCUUGCAGGAGAGCAUUUGGAUUUUAGGUAUUUUUAUAUAAAAUUCUGAAAGGAUGAAGGAUCGCUUCAUUCAUGUUUUCUUUUUCCGUGAAAAGAUCUCGCGCGCUGAUUCGCGCGUUUGCCUUAAAUUAGCGGAUUAAAAAGCGACAAGAACUUAUUAAAAGGAUUUGCUUUCAUAGAGUCGAUUUUAGGGCUCGGUUUGUGAACUUGUCGGACUUGUGAAGAGUUUACCCCUUGAGAGAUUUGUCUGUGGAAAGGCAUGUUCCCUGGCUCCACGCCGGUUGGAGCAUCUUUGCGGCUCCGGUCGGGAAGGUUUCGCCUGUGCUGGGACACAUUUGGACCACAAGGGAGAUGAGAGCCGCGCUGAUCCACUUUCUCUUCUGCUGCUUCUCUCUGCUUUCAGCAGCCGCUGAGGAAGCGCCAAUUCCGCAAGAGCUAAUUGAGAGACUUUCUAACAGUGAGAUCCGCAGCAUAAGCGACCUCCAGAGGAUCCUGGAGAUUGACUUCUUAGAGAAUGAGGUGCUGGAGGACGUUAAACGAGGCUACCAUAAGGAGCAUCUGUAUGAUAGCAGACACCUCAAGAACUCUCACUCCAGACGCAAGAGAAGCAUUGAGGAGGCAGUGCCCGCCGUCUGUAAGACGCGCACGGUGAUCUACGAGAUCCCACGCAGUCAGGUCGAUCCCACGGCCGCUAACUUCCUGAUCUGGCCUCCGUGCGUGGAGGUGAGGCGAUGCUCGGGCUGCUGCAACACCAGCAACAUGCGCUGCCACCCGUCCAAAAAACACCACAGGACCGUGAAGGUGGCCAAGGUGGAGUACGUACGCAGGAGGCCGAAGCUCCGGGAGGUGCAGGUGCAGCUGGAGGAUCAUCUCGAGUGCGUCUGCACGUCCAAACAUCACUCAGAGUCCCGCAUACACACGGAUAUAAGGUGAGCGUGGCACUGGAUAAAAGAAAGCAGAGGAGGGCCAUCACGUCCAAUCAGAUAACUCAGACUGCACGACAGCCAUUGAGUGAUAUCAUCUGAAAAGACGAGGCGGAUGUGAACUGUUCAACCCUGAGCGAAUCAGGACUGCCUUUUUUGGAUCGCUUUGGACUUUUGAUGCACCUUUAGGAGAGUGAGACUCUGGUUUUGGAUUAAAACCCAGGGGGAACUAAGCACAAUAGAGACUUCAAUGAAAGAGACUCGCGGAAAAUGAACUUCUGAUUCUACCUUUUAAAGGAGCAUUUAUCACGACUUCAUUUGUGUAUCAAAAUUUAUUUUCUGCAGCAAAUAUCUGUAUCAUCUUAUUUUUGUAACUGCCAGUUUUCUAUCAACACUGAUCCUCUCUUGUGUAUGCCGUAGAAUGAACGAGUACAACAAAACAAAAUCUGCAGUAACUGAUACUAAUAAAUCAAAAACAUUU